GCUUCCGCAGAUGAAAGAAACAAUCAUGAACCAAGAAAAGCUCGCCAAGCUGCAGGCCCAAGUGCGCAUCGGUGGCAAGGGUACUGCCCGCAGAAAGAAGAAGGUUGUCCACAGAACAGCUACGGCAGAUGACAAGAAACUUCAGUUUUCUUUGAAGAAACUGGGAGUCAACAAUAUUUCUGGAAUUGAAGAGGUAAACAUGUUUACCAACCAAGGAACAGUCAUUCACUUCAAUAACCCUAAAGUUCAGGCAUCUCUGGCUGCUAACACUUUCACUAUCACCGGCCAUGCUGAGACAAAGCAGCUGACAGAAAUGCUUCCUAGCAUCUUAAAUCAGCUUGGAGCUGACAGUCUGACCAGCCUGAGGAGAUUGGCAGAAGCUCUACCGAAGCAACCUGUGGAUGGAAAAGCACCACUUGCUACUGGUGAAGAUGAUGAUGAUGAAGUUCCAGAUCUUGUUGAAAACUUCGAUGAAGCUUCAAAGAAUGAGGCAAACUGAACUAAGUGUCACUUUCUGAAUAAAGUUAAGACUUGAAAAAGCUACAUGGAGCUGCUAUUUUAUAUUGUGACUGCUUUGAUUUUAUUUUUAUUUCCUGAUGAGAUCUCAAGAUCUGUGAUAUUUGGAAACUCCUUGAACCUGCAGCUCUUUAGUUACUGCUUGUACACAAUAUUAUUUUUGUGGCCUGAUUGAACCAACCUAUGCUUUGAAAUAAGUCAGAUUGCUAAUGAAUCUCUGCCUAGACACAAUUUUUGAGUAACUUGUAUACAAGCAAACCCCAUCUUUAAUGAACUUUGGCAUACAAUAAAAAUAUAAAAUAAA